CUGGCUCCGGAACACAGAGGUGGCCCAGCGAUAGUCAAAGAGAGACGGGUGGCAGGAGACCUUCUUGCACAUGUGACCAGAGCUUCUCACUGAAGGAUGCAGGACUUCUAGCAACAGAAGCACAAUGACUAGAACUUGAUCCCCAACAUCACUCAGCCACCAAGAUGAGUAACCCUCGAGUAGUGUACUCUGAGCUGAAUCUGGCCAAGGGCCCAAAGAAGCAGCAGAGGCAGCCCAAGGGCAGGAAAAGCUCGAUUUCAGCAAGUGAGCAGCAAGUAACCUACGCAACAUUAACCCUUCAGAGUGCUUCUCAGGAGUGUCGGGGGGAUGACGAGGACCACAGCUGCAAAGGCUUCACUUCACUUCCUGAGAAGUUCCUUGCUGGGACUCUAGGGAGCAUCUGCCUUUUCUUAGUGGUCACAGUGAUAGUGAUGACGACAGUCGUAAUUCCCUCUACUGUCAUACAGGAGAAGAACAAAUCUUCCUGGGUAAGAACUCCAAAAGCAUAUCGCUGUGGCCGCUGUCCAAAGAAAUGGCUAACGUUUUCCAACAAUUGUUAUUACCUCGGUGUGGAAAAGAAAACAUGGAUGGAGAGUUUGGCGUCCUGCGCUUCUAAGAACUCAAGCCUGUUGUUCUUAGACAAUGAGGAAGAACUGAAAUUGCUAGAGACUCUCUCCCGUCCAUCUUGGAUUGGCGUCUCCCGUUUCAGUCGUGAUCGUCCUUGGCUGUGGGUAAAUGGCUCAAGAUUCAACCUGCAAAUACAGAAAUCGUCGUCUGACGAAGACCACUGUGUUAGGCUGUCCUCAUCUGGCUUUAUUGCAGACACUUGUGAAUCAGCACACACUUACAACUGUAAACAUAAACUUUAGAAUUCAUACACCUGAAUUUGAAGACUGUUAGGUAAUUUUCUUCUUCAUGAAAUGGAAAUAAUACUAUGAUCAUACAGGUCUUAAAUUGAAUCAUAUGAUUUCUAACAACAGAAUUAUUCAAAAACUGUUACUGGAUUUACAGUUGUAGCUAUAUGAAUACUAAAAACCCACUGAUAUACAGCCAUGUUCAUGGAUGAAUUCUGUUAGACCAAAUGAGAAUAACCAGCACAGAGACAGAAAAUCCAGAGGACUAUGAGAAGUUUAUUCAUGCAUGUGGACCCCACUCUCAAAGGGAGUGGAGCCCUGAAUCACAAAAAAGCAGGGUUUCUAUAGGGCUGGACAAGCAUGCAACCUUGGGCUUGUUACAAGCGUGGAACCUUGGGCUGGGCUGCUCCGCUCGUCCGCAGGCUGUUUGUAGGUUUGGCCAUCUAUUUCAGACAAAACUCUGCAGUCAACCUUGAAGCUGUUUGACCUCGUCUACGGGUUGUGAGCAAGCGAGGUUACAGAAGCAGGCAGACUGACACAGACACCAUUCUAGUCUUUGGAAUCUAGCAAUAGGCAACACAAAUUGGAACAGCCUGGGGUGGGCGUCGCACAGCAGCUCAAAAUGGAGGCACUUCUGCCUUGCAAAUUCCGUGCUAUUUCCAUUACAUUUCAACAAAGUUGUUGAAAAAAAUCCUCUGGGAUUAUGUUUGAGACUACAUUUGGUCUUUAAGGUAAUUUUUUUGACGUUUAACCAUAGUUACAAUAUCGCUGUUUCCAACCAUUCUCAUGCUAGCGUCUUCAACACGUAGCUUACUUUCUUUUCUACCAUGUUUUGUGUGUUUGACGUUCCCGUCUUACUGGAGGUACAGCUAUUUGCAUACAUGCUUUGUAAUGGUGCCCUUCCUUUAAUAUUUGCACUGGUAAUUUUUCAUACUGUGAAUAGAAACACCAUGGAUGUUUGUGUGCUGAUUUUACAGC